AUGCAAACCUCUACGGGCAUCUGCAGCAAGUUGAUGAGCUCGCGCGCGACCUUCAACGCCGCGACGAACUCGGCCUCCGUGGUGGAGAGGCUCACGCCGCCUUGCUUCUUCAACGUCCAUGAUACCGCCUUGCUGUUAAGGAGCACAAAUGCUCCCGUCAGCGACUUACGGUCCGCCUUGUCGGCCGCAAAGCUGGAUGUAAGUUUCGACCCGCAGCGCGUCGAGACUCAUUCGAGCCGGCGCCAUUCGAAUUUGAGCGCCGCGGUGCCCUUGAUGUACUGCGCGAUGCGCUUGAAGAGCUUCCUGUCAGCACAGUAG